AGACAGUUGUGAAGUUUUCAAAGUCUCGCUCUGCUGUGCGGAAUUUGUGCUCAAAACUGAGGAGCUAAGCCACUUGCCAAAAUGUGCAAAGGACUUGCGGCUUUGCCCCAUUCAUGCCUAGAAAGGGCCAAGGAGAUUAAGCUCAAGUUGGGAAUUCUCCUCCAGAAGCCAGACUCAGCAGUCGACCUUGUCAUUCCAUACAAUGAGAAGCCGGAGAAACCAGCCAAGACCCAGAAACCCACCCUGGAUGAGGCCCUGCAGUGGCGUGACUCCUUGGACAAGCUCCUGCAGAACAACUAUGGACUUGCCAGCUUCAAAAGUUUCCUGAAGUCUGAAUUCAGUGAAGAAAACCUUGAGUUCUGGCUUGCCUGUGAGGACUACAAGAAGAUCAAGUCCCCUGCCAAGAUGGUUGAGAAGGCAAAGAAAAUUUAUGAAGAAUUCAUCCAAACAGAGGCUCCUAAAGAGGUGAAUAUUGAUCACUUCACAAAGGACAUCACCAUGAAGAACCUGGUGGAACCUUCCCUGAGCAGCUUUGAUGUGGCCCAGAAGAGAAUUUAUGCCCUGAUGGAAAAGGAUUCACUGCCUCGCUUUGUGCGCUCUGAGUUUUACCAGGAAUUAAUCAAGUAGUAAUUCAGUUGGGCUAUGAGAAUCACCCUGUGAGUUACUUCUUUAAUAAUGCUACAUUUUCCAGCAACCUGCAUACUUUCCCAUAGCAGCUUCGUUCAAAGAUAAACAAACAGGGAAAAAUCCCAGGGAGUGUUGCUUACUUCUUGUGCAGCACUUUGUUUUGGAUGUUUAUAUGGUCUGAAUGCCUUCCUUUCCCGGGGUUCUUCUUCAUGUCCCAUUCUUAAUUAAGUUCUAUUCAGUGUAUUCUUGUCAAAGCUAAUCAGAAUCACAGAAAAAUUCUGCUGAAGGCAAGCAAAUAUAAGACAAGAAUAUGAUAUCAUUGAAUGUGGGUCCAUUUGGUUUGGGUAAUGAAUCUCCACCUAAACUGGUCUGAAAAGAAUGUGGACGUAGAAAGACCAAUUUCAAGUGAGAUUAAUUGAUCUCAUUUGUUGUUUUAAUUCUGAUCCAGGGGCAAUCACCCCUCUAUUUCUGACUCUGGUUAGUAAAAGAUAAAAUGAAUUUUAUGAGGCAGCCAUUAUUUGAUUUUUUAAAGCAAAUACAUUAUGUAAAAUAUCAAUUUUCCCUCUAGAGCGUCUUUGUGUUGGCUGGAGAUCAUUAACAAGAGAUAUAACCAUGAAUGUUACAAAAUAGAUCUGAACACAAUCCAUAUUGAUUCUUUCCUUAUACCUCUCUCAUAUUCCCCUCUACCCAGUUACCAUAUUCUGUAUUAAAUCAAUGACCUGGCAAUGGAGUAUUUAAUAAAUGUAUAUAUGCCUCUAGUGUUUAGGCCCAAUGUUUCAAUUUUCAAAUAAUUUUAAAUCCAUGUGAGUAGAAAAUUCCAAAAUUUUCAACUCCAUUCAUGUCAAAUAAAACAGAUGCUGUCCGGCACAACGUCCCUUACCUCAAUAUCAGGAGAACUAUACGCUAAAAUGGAAAGAUUCUGUCAAGUCUAAAAUGGUUAAUUACCCUAUGAUGCCAUCUGUUUGUUUAGGAAAUGAUUAUUAUCUUCAAAAUACCAAAUUAUCUUUAGAAAAAUUAAUUUGACUACAUGUGGACGCUUUCUAAGUAAGACAGAGUUACAAAGAACCCCGCAUUUUGCAAAAUAAUGUGACUUUUUUCUUUAGCAACCCCAUCUUGCCUCUUUGUUUUGCUCCCUGUGUUAAUGGAUCGUAUUUACCCUCAAAGUGCGCAUUUAUGUCCCAACGUCCCGCGCAAGCAGCUAACUGAUAGGCCGUGGUAUAUUUUAGUAGCUUUAACCUUUUAAUUAUGUCUCUCAUUAUUAUAAGUCUUGCUAGAUUUCUUUUUCUUAUCUUUAGUAGAUUUGAUUAAGUAGUGAUUUACAUAAUUUAGUAAUAAGGAGAAGCAAGCUAACCAUGUACAAGGCUAACCAAGAUGAGGCUGUUGAGUUAAUUUUGGAAGAAAGUAUCUGUGAAAGGAUGAAUAAAACUCUGGAAUGUUGAAGGAGAA